AUGGAGCUGUGGAGGCAGCUGGGGCAGUCUGGGCUGCUCCCCUCAGAGCUGGGCCCACCCACCUGGGCCCUGAGAGGGGUGCCCCGGGUGGACAGCCCGGGCCAGACCCUUAUGUCCCCUGCAACAGAACCUGGAGGUGCCAGGGAGAGUCUGUUGUGGAUCUGGGAGGAACUGGAGAACAUGCGUCGGGUGGAUGUCCAACUGCUGGGCCAGUUGUGCAGCCUGGGGCUGGAGAUGGAGGCGCUACGGGAGGAACUGACGGCCACCGUGGAAGAGGAGGAGGAGGAGAGCAGUGAGGAGGAGGAGGAUGCAGCCCAGGAGGAGGAGGAGGGACACUGGGGGCCCUCCUGUCCAGCCCCACGCCUGCCGGACUUUGAGAUGACCAUCUGA